GCAGACAGUAAGGUGAAAAGAUAGGAAUAAGCGCACUGCGGCAGAAUGAAACACCAGAUAACUCAGAGAAAUAUCGAAGGAUUUUUUUUCUUCCGCCUUUGAGAAGAUUGGAAGUUAUUAGAAAAGGGUCAUUGGGCUACCGUGAAUAAGAUUGUGUUUUGUGUUAUUUCCAGAAACCUUAUAACGCUGAUCGAUGAUAACGACGAACGCCUCGCAGGAAGUGGUAUGAAUUAUUGAUAGUUUUUUCCGAGUGCCAAAUAUUGUGUGUCAGAGGUGGAGGAGAAAAGCAAGAGAUUGUUAUAUUAAAGACACGAUGCUUUUGACAAGAGUUAUAAGACAAGAAGAAUGAUUGAUUGAUUGGUGUUGUGAGACGGUGUAACUUAGACGAGAGGAAUUACCGUUGAAAAGACAGAGGUUGAAUGGAUUAAAAUAAGGAAGUGGAUAGCUGUGAUUACAUAUAACGAAGGCUGUGAUGUAUAUAUGACAGAGAGAGGGUCAAGGGGAAAUUUGGAACCGGAAGUUAUGAAUAAUAAACGGUUUAGUGAGGCGAGCACGGAAGGCUACAAAAAGUUUAAUUGAAAAUACAAGCUGUGAUCCCAAGCGCCAAGUAAUUUGAGACAUUCUAGACAAAGGUGUGAAAAACUAAAUAAUCGAAAUAGAGCUGUUACAGUAAAGGCCACAAAGUUGAGAACCGACAUCAUCACGGAAGAGAAAUGUCAAUGCUAUGCUCAGUCCAAGAAUUAGUCCAACUCCAGAACACGAAGAGAUAUGAAUACUAUUUAUAACAUUGAUCAUUCACAGUUAGUAGCGUUCAUUCUCUUCCAUAUUCGUUCAUAAAGUGGUUGAUAGUCUUUGGGGCAGUUGUACAAGACGUGGCCAGAGUCAAGACACGUCCAGGGAGCCCAGCCUUCACCAUGUCAUCAGACCGGUCACCAUGGCGAGGAUGGGUCGAGUUCAUGCCUGGUCUUCUUAUGGUUUCCUCGGAGGCGGGUCCGUCCUGGCGCCAGUGUGGCCACGUUCUUCGCAGCCCCACCACGACCACCACCACAAGCGUCACCGCCGCCAUCGCAUCCACGCCCCCUGGCCUCCUGACGACGCCCACAGCGGCAGGAAGCACCAGCAGGACCAGCCUCUCUCCAGUCCACAGCUUCAUGUCAGCUACGUCGCCACUCGCCAUCGCCGCCAGGGGCCAUGUCACCUGCGUGUCGUCUUCGUCUGCGUGCGUCGUCAGUACUCAAAGUUACAUCACAGACUUAAACAACCAAGGCGGUGCGACGUCACUGAACGUCAAGAGCCCGACUUGCGUCACACCCGCCGUCCACCAGCCAUCCAGCAGCCGCCAACAUGUCCAGGUUUCCACAUACAGAAUGUUGCCGAGAGGAGGGGUGAUGGGCCUGGAGGGGGAGGGAGGGGGGAUCGGGGGGGUGCUGGUGGACACGACCCGCCCCUCCCCCUCCCUUCUGGGGCCCCAAGUCAACCUGCAAGACAAGGACGACGUCUUCUCCACCAGUAUUAUUUCAUGCAGCACCGACAGGGAGGAUAUGGACUUCAGGAAAAGCAUGCUGAGGAUGGAGGAGGAGCUUCAGAACCUUCAGCUGCACUCCCAGCGAUCAACGCCGCUGGAGCCUCAGCAAGGGCGUUUUCAAGAAGGCGGAGGGUCUGGGGAAGGCGGCGAAGGCAAUGUCAGCAGCCCCGACUCGCCCACGGGGAUGCAUAUCAGAUACAGGGACGGCCAGCGGGUCAACUGGCUGGAGGGCAUCAUCGGGUGCCUGCGGCCAGUCUGGACCAUCAUCGGCAAGGCGGCGCUCAGCGAGAAGCAAGCACACACCGACAACUGGGAGAUUCCAUUCGAGGAAGUCUCGUCACUGCAGUGGCUGGGGUCCGGCGCCCAGGGAGCCGUGUUCCGGGGCCAGCUGCGAGGCUCAUGGGUGGCCAUCAAGAAGGUCAAGGAGCAGAAGGAAACAGACAUCAACCACUUGAGAAAACUCAAUCACCCCAAUAUCGUCCAGUUUUUGGGCGUGUGCACAGCAGCACCCUGUUACUGCAUCGUGAUGGAGUAUUGCCCCUAUGGUCCCCUCUAUAACCUCCUCAAAGAUGGACAGGACAUACCACCAGACAGGGUUGCUAAUUGGGCCAAGGAAAUUGCAUCUGGCAUGAACUACCUCCACCAGCACAAAAUUAUCCACAGAGACCUUAAGAGUCCAAAUGUCCUGAUUGGAAGUAACCAAGAAGUGAAAAUUAGUGACUUUGGUACUUGUCGAGAGUGGAAUGAUGUCAGUACAAGAAUGAGUUUUGCUGGCACUCUGGCCUGGAUGGCCCCAGAGGUCAUUCGAAAUGAGCCCUGCAAUGAGAAGGUUGACAUAUGGUCUUUUGGGGUGGUGCUAUGGGAGUUGCUGACAUGUGAAAUCCCAUACCGUGAUGUUGACAACUCUGCCAUCAUUUAUGGGGUUGGAUCAAGUUCACUGCACCUCCCUAUACCUUCUACAUGCCCAGAUGGCUUCAGGCUCAUUGUACAGAUGUGUUGGAACAGCAAACCCAGAAACAGACCUUCUUUCAAGUACAUUCUCAUGCACCUUGACAUUGCUGCUGUGGAAAUCCGCAGCACACCUCCAGAGACUUACUUCAAGACACAGAUGUCAUGGAAAGCUGAAAUAAGACAACAAAUGGCAUCCAUGAAUUCCCGAGCCUCGCACAUCCCUCGUCUAGAGGAGGACCUUGUGCAGAGGCGUCAUGAUGAACUCAAGCAUGCUCAGGACAUUCGAGAACACUGGGAGAGGAAGUUGGUCAUUGCUAAUGACCUUUAUCUUGAGCUGUCAGCUGCCAUGCUGCAGUUAGAACAACGUGAAAAGGAGCUUCUAAAGUCUUCUCCCAGACGGGAACAUGCCAACCAGAUCCACAAAGGAAAGCGGAGAAUUGUAAAGCCACUCAUCCGUGCUCAGGAGCGUUUACAAGCCAGGCGGGCAGGUGGGGGAGGGGGAACAGCUACAUCCUCAACCCCCACCAGCCCUGACACUCAGGCUCCUUCCCCAGCCCGACAACCAUCUCAGAGUCGCUCCAAAAAGCCACUCUACACUGAAAUGGGAACCAACAACCUGCCGCUCUCCACAACACGCCCAGCCUCCCUCCACAUAGGUCAGCCCCUGGGUCACAAAGCAUCAUCUUGUGCUGCACCCGCCCUCCCUGAGGCUGGGCAACAAGACACUGUAGAUGGAGGCCGUGUAGGCUCUGGGCGCAGGAGGACGCGCCACCACCAGAGAAACAAAAGUCAUGGGGGUGUUGUAGCAUAUGUCAGCUCUGCCACCAGCCCAAGACAUGCCUUGCCACCUGACAGAAGGGGGUACAGCUUAAGCCCCAGCCAUGAACGUGUCCCAGUCCUGGUGGACUCUGGAACUCAGACAGACCAUAUGGACAUGAGUGAGACUGACACAUCACCAGUGAAAACCCCAGGGCCACAUAAGCCUUCCUCCCUCCCUCUCCAGUCUGAAGAAGGUGGUGGUGGUGGAGGGAGUAGUAGUGAUCCCACCAACCCUGCUUGUGGUCAUACUGCAACUGAGACCAGUCCCAAUGGCAACACACUUCCAGAACAACAAAGUCCCUGCUGUGAGCACUGUCCAAGGCAACAGUACCUCCGCUUUACUUCUACAGACUCUAAUGACUCAAACAAAAAUUUCCCAAUGGCGACUCCAGUUGCUGCGCGCCUCGCUGAGAGCCACCAACCAGAGUUUACCAUUGAAGAGACACUGCAGAUUCUCAACAAUAAUGAAGAUGAUGUGGAUAUUUUGCAUCAGCUGAGUGACAAAUGGGAUGCAAUUGAAAGGGUCUUGGCAGACAAGAAGGCUUUGCCAACUGGCUACUCUCAUGUCAUGCACUCACCCCCAGAUAUGAGGUAUGACUCCUCAAAAGACUUAUCAGAGUCAACACCUAUGGAGGUUGGUCAGCCCCAGAUUGAGGGUAUGUCACAGAGUCAGUCCCCUUCCUCAACCAAUGAUGAGGAGGAGGAUGACGAUGAGGAUGACGAUGAAGAUGAUGACGAUGAAGAUGAGAGACAUUCUAGUGUUGAUCCAGACAUCCUCAAUCGCAACUCUGAUAUGGUAGCCUCCAGUGAAUUAGAUUCUAGCCAUGAUUCUGUAGAGCAUGAAAUGUCUGCCUCUGAAGAGGAUGAGGAGCCUCUUGAGCCUCACUACCAAGUUCUAAAGCGAAGAUGCUUCAUGCGGAGGCCACUACCUCGUAGCAAGAAUCACCGGGGUGUUUGCCUCACCCGGUCCACUCACAGUACCCAAAGCAGUGAAGGAGGUGGAUCUGAGGAGGAGGGCAGGGAUGGCCCCAGUUCAACACGACACGGCUACUAUAGCAGCAGAGGAACUAGUCUGGAUGGUAUCAGUCGCUAUGCUUCCAGGCUUAUG